GGACACUUGGGCUUCCCUGGUGGCGCAGUGGUUGAGAGUCCGCCUUCCGAUGCAGAGGACACGGGCUCGUGCCCCGGUCCGGGAAGAUCCCACAUGCCGUGGAGUGGCUGGGCCCGUGAGCCAUGGCCGCUGAGCCUGCGCGUCCGGAGCCUGUGCUCCGCAACGGGAGAGGCCACAACAGUGAGAGGCCCGCGUACCGCAAAAAAAAACAAAAAAAGGGGGACACCUGCCCUCGGCCCUAACUGUUCCCUUCACCACUUUGUCAGAUUAACCCCUUUCGUUGCAGGCUGACAUCCUUUACCCCAUCCCCUCCCCCGAAAUUAACCUCUUCCAAGUUCCAGCCGGCUCUUUCCGUGUCCUAGGCUAAUCUAGUUCCUUACCAAGCUCUCAGGCUAGCAUAAACGUCUCUGUCCUGGGCUCUCCCAUUGUCCCAGCCAACCGUGCUUCUUAAGUUCCCUCCUUCCCUUGCUUCCUCCUGUCCCAUGCAAACUCUACUUAGACCAUACUAACGGUUCCCCCCAUUUCAUUCUAAUUCCCGUUCUCCGAAAGUCCACAGUCCCAUCUGCUUCCUCAGGGUCGUUAAUCCAUUUCUGUGUUCCCCCAUCUCUUUUGCCAGUCUCUUUAUUUCUCCUGGUGCCUCCCCAUCAGUACCUAAAAUGCUUUUGUUUUGCUCAUCUUAAAAUUCUAUCCUGGGGGCUUCCCUGGUGGCGCAGUGGUUGAGAGUCCGCCUGCCGAUGCAGGGGACACGGGUUCGUGCCCCGAUCCGGGAAGAUCCCACAUGCCGCGGAGCGGCUGGGCCCGUGAGCCAUGGCCGCUGAGCCUGCGCGUCCGCAGCCUGUGCUCCGCAACGGGAGAGGCCACAACAGAGAGAGGCCCGCGUACCUACCACAGAAAAAAAAAAAAAUUCUAGUGCUUCAGAGUAAUCCCGUGUGGGGUGAGGUGCGGUUGAGAGGCUGCACGGAGCCCAGUCCUGGGCACUGGGGGGAGCUGAGCUGGACGCCGGUCCCAUCCAGACCCCAGGACAAGGCAGAAGCAGCAGAAGGAGCGCCAAGGGCCCUAGACACUGACCCCUCAGAGGUCGAGGACGCGGCGGUGAGUGCUAUGCUGCACGCCGUGGCUGCCAGCCGCCUGCCCGUGUGCAGCCAGCAGCAGGGCGAGCCCGACCUGACCGAGCAGGAGAAGGUGGCCAUCUUGGGCCAGCUGUACCAUGAGAAGCCACUGGUGUUCCUGGAGCGCUUCCGCACGGGCCUCCGGGAGGAGCACCUGGCCUGCUUUGGCCACUUGCGCGGUGACCACCGCGCGGACUUCUACUGUGCCGAAGUGGCCCGGCAAGGCAGCACCCGACCCCGCACCUUGCGUACCCGCCUGCGUAACCGCCGCUACGCUGCCCUGCGUGAGCUCAUCCAAGAGGGCGAGUACUUCAGCGACGAGCAGAUGCGGUUUCGGGCCCCGCUGCUGUAUGAGCAGUACAUCGGGCAGUACCUGACCCUAGAGGAGCUCAGCGCCCGCACCCCGGCCCAGCGGCCACCCAAGCCCGGCCCCCCCGGCACUCCCGCCUGCCCGCUGUCUGACCUGCUGCUCCAGUCCUACCAGGAGCGGGAGCUGCAGCAGCGGCUGCUCCAGCAGCAGGAGGAGGAGGAGGCCUGCUUGGAGGAGGAGGAGGAGGAGGAGGACAGCGACGAGGAAGACCAGAGGCCUGACAAAGACUUGGAGGCCUGGGUGCCCGACUCGGAAGAGAGGCUGAUCCUGCGGGAAGAGUUCACCAGCCGGAUGCACCAGCAUUUCCUGGACGGCAAGGAUGGGGACUUUGACUACAGCACCGUGGACGACAACCCUGACUUCGACAACCUGGACAUCGUGGCCCGGGAUGAAGAGGAGCGGUACUUCGACGAGGAGGAGCCCGAGGACGCACCCAGCCCAGAGCUGGACGGGGACUGAUGGCUGCGGCGCCCACCCCGUCCCCCGCCCCAACGAGGCUGCUGGUUACAGGCCAGGCCGGCUCAGUGACUUUCUCUAGGCGACAGCAGGGUGGCUGCCCUAUACCACCAAGCCUCGCUAGGUCUGGUCCCGUCUCCACGGCCCCCUCCCCCUUGCUCUCCAUUUCCUUCUCCCCCUGAACCCUGGUGCCUCUCUCCCUCCUCUCUCCUCUCUCUCAGUCUUUUUCUCACCACCUUUCUGUCUCCUGCUUUCUGUGUCUCUCGCUCUUUCUCCACCUCCCUCUUUUUCCUUGCUGUCUUUCUCCUUCUCCGCCUCUCUCUGUGCCUCGGCCUCUGUCCCCACAGCAGGGCCCAGGAUGAACAUCCUCCCCUUGACCUAGGCCGGUGGGGCCCUUUGCCGCUGGAGCUGGCCAGGUUGAAGCCAGAGCGGAGCUCUGCCUCUCCCUCCCCAGCCCCGCCUCUGCCCUCCUGCCCCUCUGUGCUUGACGCUCCGUCUCACACGCACCUCCUUGCCUCCGGUACGUUCCAUCUCCUUCGGCCUCCCUCCAUCUUUUGCAGCCUCUGUGCUGGCUCUGUCCCUCUCUGUCUCUCAGCCUUUAUCCCUGGGUUUCAGUACCCCACCGCAAGGCCCUGAGCAUCCCCCAUCCUGGCUGCUGUGGGCCACAGAGCCUGACUGCGGAGUAAUCGGGCCUCACUGUGGGCAGUGGGGAGACCUUGGGGGUGGCCACCGGCUCUCACCUCUCCCUCAGGACCCAGGUUUGGGAGAGGUGUGCAGGGGCAGCGUGGGAUCGUGGGCCUGCCAGGUCGGGUAUAGAGGGAGAGGAGGGACUUUCCCCUCCCAGCCCCACCAGCCCCCCUCUGCCCAGCCACAAUUUUCCCUUCCUUCACUUCCUCCACCUCCCUCUCCCUCUCCUGUUUACACUUCCAAAAUAUGCACAGGCUGUUAUCAUGGGUCCUGAGUCAUCACACACACACACACACACACACACACACAGCCGGCCCCAGCAUCCCUGCCCCAAGCCGGCCCCACCGAGCCCCCUGCCGCCCUGGGCUAAUGGGAGCCAGAUGGCCGCCUGGUGACUCAGCCACUGGCCUGUGGGAACCCAGGCAUCCCGCCUUCCCAUGCCCCCAUACCCAGCUCAGGCUCCCCCAGUAGACAUACGCAGCGAAGGGGCCAGCUGCUAGCGGGGGAGGACACAGGCCAUGCGUUGGAGAGGUGGGGCCCGGGGACCCCUCACUUCUGUGAGCCAGGCCUGAAGGACCCUCAAAACUGCCUUCUCCAGCGUGGAGCCCAGAGUGCCGGGGAGACCCCACGGACUCCUGGGGCCACAGCUUUUGACCCCCAGGCCUCGCCUCUGCCCUCUGGCUCAACUGGAAUUAGAGCCAGACACAGAAAGUGAGAGCUAGACAGAGGCCAAGGGAUGUUCAGACAAAUAAGGAAACUUCCGGUUACUGAGCAGUUGUGUCCUGUGCCAGGCCCCAGCAAGGUGCCCGAUGCUGCACUGAAUCCUCCACACAGCCCCGCGAACGAGGGGCUCAGCUCCAUUCCGCAUGUGGGUCACAGGAGGCCCAGAAAGGAGGUAUCAUGUACUCAAGGCCACGUGGCCAUCAGAGAUGGAAACUCGGGUGUAGAAUCGUAAGUCCUGGAGACCACCUCCUGGCCUGCCUGUCCGCGCUCAGGGCCACACAGAGUAGACAGACACACAGACUUCUUCAGGGGUAACGACUGAAGGAGAGUUAGCUGUUGAGGGUAACAGCAGCUAACACCUUUGGGGCCCUCCUGGCGCGCUAGGCACUGUCCUUCCUAUGCACAGAUGGACGGCAUCAUCUAGUGUUUAGUACCUGAGUCACUGAACCAUCACAGAGGUCCCAUGCAGUAUAAACUGUCAGUACUGAUAGGGUGUCUCCCAGAGGAGGCCCAAGGCGAUCCAGCCAGCUAGACUCACAGUUGGGAGAGAUGUUUGUCUCGGGUGCUUGUAUUGCUGCCCUCAAGUUGUGAGAGGUCUUUCAUAAUACAGGCAUCAGCCCUGGGUGAUGGGCACAUUUUUCAGCAGUCUGUCAUUUGAUCAUUAAAUUUGUGAUACACUGCGCCAUGCCUAAAUUUGUUACAUACAUUUUUUAAGUGAUGAGAGACGGCAAUUGAGUCAGAAUUAGGGUUAGUCAGAUGGCAGAGAAGGAGCGUCUGUCUCAGAGACCGAGGUGGAGCCCAGAGGCACUCCCCCAUCACAGCCUCAGACCCGCUGAGACCUGGAGGUGCCCAGAGAGGCGCCUGGCCCUCCACUCCUGGUUCUGGGGUUGGGGUGGGCGGAGAAGCUGAGUCAGGGAAGGGAGAGCCCCUCCGAGGGCAUCCGGCCCCCACCCCGUGUCUCCUGUCUGUCCUGGCCAGGCUCUGCUGGCUGCCACCCCACCCCCCAUGUCUGACACCUCUUUGCGUCCUGCCCCUCUCUCCUCAUCCCCUCCAACCGCCUGCCUCGCUGUCCCUUCUCCCUGCUGCUGCUGUCUCCUUCCUCUGCCUCUCCCCUAGCUCCGUCUUCCCUUUCGGUCUGUCUCUGCAGCUCUCUGACUGUCAUCGUCUCCCCAUCGCUUCUCGUCUCCCCUCUCUCAGCCCCUUCUCUUCCCCCUCGUUGUGCCCGGGCCUCUGCCUCCUCUUCUCUCCUCUCCCUCCUUGUCAUUCCCUCCCUCUCUGUCUCUGCGUCCUCGUCCCCGUGCCUUUCUGUCAGAGCCCCCCCCCCCCGGCCUCGUCUUCACCCUCAUUUUUUCCUACCCCUCUCUCCACUGUCUCCUGGCCCACCGCCCUUGUCCCAUCUGCUGGUCUCUCUCCCAGAUCCUGGGAAGCCCAGCGGGGGUGUCGGGGUCAGGGCUUCACUGGUGGCCCCUGGGAGCCCAGAAUGAGGGGUCACCACCUCGCCCCCACCCAGAAAGGGGGCAGGGAGGCUGCGGCCUGUCUGGCCAGAAGGAAGUGACUGUGCUGUGGCCUGGUCACCCCCGCCCCCAAGACCUGCCCGGCGGCUGCCGCCCCCGGGCUGGGGCCAAGUAAACACAGCCGCCGGCA